AUCCUCACUGUGUUCUUGACCAAUGACAAGUCCUCGUGCAACUGAUUAUGAUAGCAUAGCAGACAGGGUGCAAAAGUGUCGAGCGGACUUGCAGAGCUGUCCCCCCGGUCAUCCUUUUCGAUCACGGUGUCUCAACAAUCUUGCCCAGAGCCUUCAAAACAGAUUCGAGCAGCGGAGCGUCCAGUCCGACCUUGAUGAGGCCAUAGAGCUAUAUCGGGCUGCACUACUCCUUUGUCCCUCCGGUCAUUCUCAUCGAUCAACGGUUCUCAGCGGUCUUGCCGCCGGCCUUCAAGACAGAUUUAAGCAGCGGGGCAUCCAGUCUGACCUUGAUGAGGCCAUAGAGCUCCAACGGGCUGCACUACUCCUUUGUCCCCCCGGUCAUUCUCAUCGAUCAACGUUUCUCAACAAUCUUGCCGCCGGCCUUCAAGACAGAUUCGAGCAGCGGGGCGUCCCGUCUGACCUUGAUGAGGCCAUAGAGCUCCAACGGGCUGCACUACUCCUUUGUCCCCCCGGUCAUUCUCAUCGAUCAAUGUUCCUCAACAAUCUUGCCAUCAGCCUUAAAAACAGAUUCGAGCAGCGGGGCAUCCCGUCUGACCUUGAUGAGGCCAUAGAGCUCCAUCGGGCUGCACUACUCCUUUGUCUCUCCGGUCAUUCUGAUCGAUCAACGUCUCUCAACAAUCUUGCCAACAGCCUUCAUGACAGAUUCGAGCAGCGGGGCAUCCAGUCUGACCUUGAUGAGUCCAUAGAGCUCCAUCGGGCUGCACUACUUCUUUGUCCCUCCGGUCAUUCUAAUCGAUCAACGUCUCUCAACAAUCUUGCCCAGAGCCUUCGAGACAGAUUCGAGCAGCGGGGCGUCCCGUCUGACCUUGAUGAGGCCAUAGAGCUUCAUCGAGCUGCACUACUCCUUUGUCCCCCCGGUCAUUUUGAUCGAUCACGGUCUCUCAGCAAUCUUGCCCAGAGCCUUCGAAAGAGAUUCGAGCAGCGGGGCGUCUCGUCUGACCUUGAUGAGGCCAUAGAGCUCCAACGGGCUGCACUACUCCUUUGUCCCUCCGGUCAUUCUGAUCAAUCAACGUCUAUCAACAAUCUUGCCAUCAGCCUUCGAAACAGAUUCAAGCAUCUGGGCGUCCCGUCUGACCUUGAUGAGGCCAUAGAGCUCCAUCGGGCUGCACUACUCCUUCGUCCCCCCGGUCAUUCUAAUCGAUCAACGUCUCUCAGCAAUCUUGCCGCCAGCCUUCGAGACAGAUUCGAGCAGCGGGGCGUCCCGUCUGACCUUGAUGGGGCCAUAGAGCUCCAUCGGGCUGCACUACUCCUUUGUCCCCCCGGUCAUUCUGAUCGAUCAACGUCUCUCAACAAUCUUGCCAUCAGCCUUAAAAACAGAUUCAAGCAGCGGGGCAUCCAGUCUGACCUUGAUGAGGCCAUAGAGCUCCAACGGGCUGCACUACUCCUUCGUCCCCCCGGUCAUUCCAAUCGAUCAACGUUUAUCAACAAUCUUGCCCAGAGCCUUCGAAACAGAUUCGAGCAGCGGGGCAUCCCAUCUGACCUCGAUGAGGCCAUAGAGCUCAACCGGGCUGCACUACUCCUUUGUCCCCCUGUUCAUUCUCAUCGAUCAACAUCUCUCGACAAUCUUGCCAUCAGCCUUCUGAACAGAUUCGAGCAGCGGGGCGUCCCGUCUGACCGUGAUGAAGCAUUUAGGCUGUAUGUGCAACUCUCCUAUCUAUCUCAUGCAGUCUCCCGUAGGGAUCUUACUGUUGCCAAGUCAUGGGCCACCUCUGCCGAAAAGACGAACCAUGACUCUGCAUUAUUUGCCUAUAAAACUGCGUUGAAAUUCCUAGAUCAGCAUGUUGCGAUGUUGCCGUCUUCUCCACAUCUAUUUGAUGUCGUCAGGAUGGCCACAGCUUCGCUUGCCAUGGACGCUUUCUCGUGCAGUGUUCGUCAUGGUGCACUGACAACCGCUAUGGAACUGGUGGAGCAAGGUCGUGCCGUAUUCUGGACCAAGUUGGCACGCUUACGCUCACCGCUCGAUGAACUUUCCCUGUCCGGUGACACCGGCGCAGCCUUGGAGAAUGAGUUCAAGCAGCUGAGCUUUGGCCUUCGUAGCGCGCUUGAUCAGUCUACUGAAGAGCAGUCCCCACAAAUCCGACAACUGACCAUGCAAUGGAAUGAUGUCGUCUCCCGCAUCCGCAUGCUGCCUGACUUUUCUCGGUUUCUCCUGCCCCCCCUUUUCUCCAACCUACAGAAGGCUGCUGAAGAAGGCCCUGUCAUCAUCGUCAAUGCAAGCCAAUAUGGCUGUGACGCCUUGAUUGUCUUCAGUGCACAAGAUCCUGUCCACGUUCCACUCGAUAUCCCGCAGACUGAAGUCUCCGAGUUGUCUUCGGAAUUUCAGUCCCUCGCAGAGGAAUUUGGUGCUUCUGAUUGUCAAUACAGACUUGUCAGCAUCCUCCGCAAGCUUUGGGGUUGUGUUGUUGAUCCUGUGGUCCAAGCUCUUAGGGCGUCUAAAAUUCACCAUGGCUCGCGUAUCUGGUGGUGCCCCACUGCUGAGUUCACGCUUCUUCCUCUACAUGCAGCAGGACCGUACGAGAAGAACAAAAACAACUUGUCUGAUAUUUAUAUCUCCUCUUACACCCCCACUUUGGUGACACUCAUUCGGGCGAGACAGCGAGUUUCUCAAGAGGUGUCCACACAACAUUUUGUUGCUAUCGGUCAAGCGAAUCCGGACAGAGGGAAGGAACUCCGUCAUGUCGCUCCCGAGUUAGCCAUCGUCGCUCGGCAUCUCGGGCCCGUCGUCUCCUUCACAUCACUCGAGGAUAACGACGCAACAAUCCAGGGUGCACUUGAUGCGCUAAAUCAUAAUCAGUGGCUCCAUCUAGCUUGCCAUGGAAUGCCACAUCGGACGCAAUCGUUCGACUCUUCCUUCGCAAUGCGCGAUGGGCCGUUGAUGAUCAAGGAAAUCAUCCGGUCCAACUGGCAGAACCUGGAGUUUGCAUUCUUAUCGGCUUGCCACACUACCGUGGGCCAUGAGAAGAGUCCCGACGAGGCGAUACAUCUCGCUGCGGCGAUGCAAUUUUCUGGAUUUCGCAGUGUGAUAGGUUCCAUGUGGUCUGUCGACGAUGAGGUUGCACGACAGGUUGUGUCCGUUUUUUACCGCAAACUGGUCGAUGGCUCAGGGAGAUUGGACUGCACGCGGGCUGCGGUAGCGUUGCACAAGGCUGUGAAAUCGUUGCGCAAGAAGAUUCCACUAGAACAACAGAUCGUGUUUGUUCACAUAGGUGUCUAGUUUGAUUGAUUCGUCAUGUUAUUGCAUUUUAUGUUAUCCUGAUUGCUUUCAUUAUCCUGUUGUCCCACCUAGAUCCCAGUUAUUCAAAUCAUGUCUGCACGAUACUCUGUUUUUUUUUCCCGUUGUGUACUAGUACUGCAACCACCGAUCCAUUGAAUGAUUGUAUAUUUUGUCAAACAUACAAUAUG